UUAACUAUUGGGAUUUUAUCUGAAUAUUGUGGCUGAUAAUAGAGAAUUCUGUUCAUUUUGUUCAGUCCCAGUCGACCGUAAAACUGUUCGAUAGAAUACAUAAUGAGCGACAGCUCCGAUGAAGAGUAUUUGGGGACGGAUUGGCUUCCUUAUAGUGAGCGCAGUGAGUGGGCGGAUGUAAAGCCCCUUCCACAGGAUGAUGGUCCGAAUCCAGUGGUGGCCAUCGCUUACAGUCCCAAGUUUCGCGAGGUCUUCGACUAUUUUCGUGCCAUAAUUGCGAGCCGAGAAAAAACUUGGCGCGCUUUAGAGCUGACCACAGAUGCAUUGCGUCUGAAUCCCGCUAACUAUACAGUGUGGCAAUACAGACGUGAUAUUCUGCGCGAGCUGGACGCGAAUCUGAAAAAUGAGCUGGACUAUUUGACCGAGGUCAUCGGGCAGAAUGCAAAGAACUACCAGGUCUGGCACCAUCGGCGCGUUAUUGUGGAAAUGCUGAAUGAUGCGAGUCAGGAGCUGGAGCUGACGCAGAAUGCGCUUGACAUCGAUGCUAAAAAUUAUCAUGCUUGGCAGCACAGACAGUGGGCAAUACGCACAUUCAACCUCUAUGAUGACGAACUGCCUUUUGUUGAUCGAUUGAUUUGCGAGGACCAACGUAAUAAUUCGGCGUGGAAUCAGCGUUUCUUCGUCCUCAAACACUUGGGUUUCACGCCCGAGGUCAUCCAACGUGAGCUGGUCUACACGAUGAAUCGUAUACGCAUUAUAAAGGGCAAUGAGAGCGCUUGGAAUUAUUUAGUGGGGGUGCUGCGACAGAGUGAGGAUGGAUUGCUAAGCAGCUACCCAGAGGUAUUGGAAUUCAGCGAGGAACUCUACAAUGCCGGCAAUCGUUCGCCCUAUUUACUAGCAUUUUUAAUUGAUGUGUAUCAAGAGCAAGCUUUGCAGGACGGUGCAAAUGAACAAUUGGCACGCAAGGUGUAUACACUAUGCGACGAUAUGGCCACAAAACACGAUGUCAUUCGUCGCAAAUAUUGGCAAUACGUGGCCGCCAACUUGAAGUCGCAACUGAGCAGCAAAUCGGCCAAAUAGCACAUUUCACAUUUGCUUAAUUCUUAUCAUACGUAAGUUAGUUCUUUAUACAGAAAUACAUGCAUACUUUAAUAUUCAUGUGAAUAUACAAUGUACAAAAAGCA